ACGGAUGGAAUAGACCGGUCAAGGUGCAAUGAUGAAUAAAAGAGGUGUGCUUGUUUUUCUCUUGUCAGGGAGCUUUAAGAGAAAGGGUUUUCAAGAUGUCGCAGGGCGGCGGCGCAUCGGGUGGUCCCAAGAAGGGUCUGACGCUCGAUGACCUCAUCGCGACCAUUGAAUGGCAUGAAAGAAACCCGAGCAAUAUCCCCGAGGUCGAUACCUUUCAUUUUUGUGGGGAGAGAGUCUCAGAAUGGCUGGAUCGGGUGGAACAAUCUUUGGUCGGGCGAUCGGAUGUUGUAAAGUUUCAGCGCAUUCUCCAGUAUGUCCUCCACAGCUACCACCAAGAAGUGAAGAAAGUUAUAGAUGCGGCUCAAGGUAGCUGGGAAAGGUUCAAGGAGGGGAUGCGAAGGAAAUACCGCCUGGGAGACGGGUUGUUGACCACUACGGACCUUGAGGCGAUGAACAAAGAGGAUUUUACGACGAUAGGGGCCUUUGUUCACGAAUUCAAGAAGCGGGCACAGAAGGUCCAUGGGAUUUCAGAGGAGGCGCAGUGCGCCAUUUUUCUGGGGCUACUCACGGCAUCAGAGGCCGUCGAACUGACAAGAUAUGGAGGAGGUAGCACCAAGUUCACCUGGGCCACCAUUGACAGAGGGGUGGAAGUUGGGUGUUUGGACCAGGUGGAGCAACGUCAGGUACGCCUGCAAAGGCAGAAGAGAAAGGAAAGAGAUGCGACCGCUUCUGGGACCCCGGGAGUAAAAAGGAUUGUUACAGAUGUACUGGCGCAGCUGGGGCCCGGCGCGCAGGCAACACGAACGAGAAGUCAAGCCAAAACCAGCGCCAGCCAAGAAUCUCCGAGGAGGGAGCCAGAGCCAGGAAAAAGAAAGGAGGCCGUGGAAAUGGAGGAUGACGAUGAUGAAGAAAAAGAAGACGAGAGGCUGCACCGGGAAGAGGAUCAGAGAGCGGAGCAGCGAGCAAGGAGAAAAGGGACCAGGGAAGAGGCCGAGCCGGUCAUGCGUGACGGACCGCCCAAAAGGAAAAAGUACGCGGUUCGGUUGGAAGAGGGGUUUCAUUUAGAGCGGGUGAUCGACAGGCUGCGAGAAGGGCAUAAUGAUCUCAUGACCCUGAAGGAGAUCCUGGCGUCAGCCCCGCGACUCCACAAUAAAUUAAAAGGGAGGUUGUCACGGCGCUUAGUGUCCAACGUCCAUCUGGGCACGAUCCUGCCCAAGGAGGCAGAGUGGGCGGAAUCGGGCACGAAGAUGGAUUGGAAGUGCGUGGCCUGCGGCACGGUGGAUUUGGUGGUGAAGGGCUCCAAGUGCGCGGCAAUGGUAGACACCGGGGCGGAGAUGAAAAUUAUUCGAGAGGCGGACGCUAUCAAAUUCGGGCUGGAUAUAGACCGAUCUGAUUGCGGAAUUCUACAUGGAGCCAGCUGCAGGGCCGUGUUUUGUGGGACAGCCUCGAACGUACUCAUCGAGGUUGGAAAGGUGAAGGCCCGAGCUUGCUUCUUCAUCAUGCCGGACGUGGACCAUGGAAUCCUCCUAGGAAGGUCAUUCUUGAGUAGGACAGAGACCGUGAUGUUCAACAAGCAUGACGGGACUCUGAUCCCCCUCCCAUGUGACCCUUCCUGCGGGAAUUACGAGAUAAUUACCUGCAGAAAUACAGGACCGAGGAGUAUAAGGAACCGGCCCAACCCAGGGUCCUUCACGAUCGAAGAAUCGGAGGGCGAGCGGCGAAGGCUUCGGGCGGAGCCGGAAGGAGACGAGGAGGUGAAAGCGUUUUUCCUUAGCCUAUCGGACGUCGGAAAGGCCAUGGACUUGGUGGCCGCACAUGAGAUGGCAGAUCCGGAUGCCAUCCAAGCCUUGAGGGAGCAGGACCUCAAAAAGGUCCUAAGCCUGCUCGAGGAGCAUAACCUCACGGCAAGCGGGGCCAAAUCCAGACACUGCAUGAGGGAAGCGACUAUCUUGGGGUUCGUCUGCAGCGAGAAGGGCCGAAGGCCAGAUGUGAAAAAGACGAACAAGAUUACUGAGUGGCCAGUUCCGUUUCACUCAAUAACUGAUGUCAGGAGCUUCCUUGGUACGUGUGGAUUCUGGAGGGCCUUCGUCAAGAACUUUGCCGCUAAGACUGAACACCUGAGGAAGUUAGUCCGUCAGGAUCAGGAAUGGGUUUGGGGUGAAGAGCAAGAAGAGGUGAUGGUCAGAAUGAAGGAGGAAUUUCGAGAAGGAGGGUUGGUGUUAGGAGCGCCAGAUUAUGAUGCCACGGAGACGCGACCCUUCAUUGUCGAAACAGAUGCGGGACAGACUGCUUUAGGGGGAGUUUUAAUUCAGGCAGACAUGGAAGGGAAGGAAAGACCCUUGCGAUUUGAGAGUCGGACUCUCUGUACGACCGAGAGGAACUACUCUCAGUUCAAGAAGGAGACCCUUGCCGUCCUCCACUGUCUGCGGAUCUUCCGGAACUACAUCUUCGACACGAGGUUUAUUCUGAGAGUGGAUCCGACCGCCCUGGCCUACUCUCUAAGGAAUUACGUUCCAUCGGAUCCGACAGUUGCCAGAUGGCUGACGUACAUCUGGAUGUUUAACUUCGAGUUGGAGCGGAUUCCUGGCAGUAAGAACCGGGCGGACGGGCUGAGUCGGAUCAACUGGGAUAAACAAGAAGGGGAGGAGGUGGAGAACACGCCCCCAGUUGAUGGAUUUCUGGAUCAGGAGGAAGAUGUUCGUCUCCAUAUCAACAAAUGGUUGCCGCGAGUACCCAGCUGUGUAGGCUAUCCUAUCUUGCAAGCGCCAAAUGAGUAUGAAAAGAGGGUUGAGCUGGUCCUUAAACCCUUUGAAGAAGAGGAUCCCUGGGGCGGGAAGGAAGGGAUAGAGGUUGGAGAGGACAUGCCCCCUCAGACGCCAGCGGUGGAUUUGAGACUCGGGGAUGCACCAUGGAGCACUCGCCAGGCAGGAGGGGGAUGGCAGAGGGAGGAAGUCCCAUUACCUUCAUCAGAAAAGGCUCCUUCGCCAGAGGGGAGAGCAGAAAGGAGGAGAGAGAGGGCGGUUGUAAGGAGAGAAGCCUUGACCCUGAUUGAUAAGCAUCUAGCAGCUCAUGCCCUGGAGCACCCAGACCUGGAGGAGCCAGCACCUGCAGAGCCGCGCCGGGAGCCAUGCCAACCAGAGCAGGAGGUGGAGGCAGAGAUCCCAAAGAAGGUUGACCUCCGCACAAGGGAAAGGUCGCCAGCUGGAGAAACAGCUGAAGGAAAGAGGGCGAGAAGAACCAAGAGGAUAGAAGAGAUAUGGCAGGGGAGGCAGAGAUUGGAGGCGGUUGGGGCACUUCCGGAACAACAGCAGGAGAGACAAAGAUUGGAGGCGGCAGGAGCACUCCCGGGUCAGCCACCCAGCGAGUCAGCUAAGGCCCCGGAGAUCCCGGAGAUGUGGAGGGACUUCUGGGAGCAGAGAGGAGAGGAGCUUCCUUCGCCAACCAGAGCGGGGUUUGGGGUGGCAAGGAAGGUGGAAGAAAGGUUGGAUCGCAAAAUCAAGUUCCUGACCAAGACGACUUUUGACCGGCACUUGCUAUUGGAGAGCGAUCUGGCAGGGAAGAAGACGAAGGAAGAAGGCCAUGGAGUACGCCUGGAGGCUAUGGAGGUGGAAAUCCAGUAACUCAGGGUAUUGGUGGCCAGUCAGGCAGCCAUCAUCG